AAAAAAAAAAAAAAAACAUGGUUGAUUCGCUAGUCUCGAUGGCUGUGGAGAAAUUGAACACCAUCCUCCAGGGUGAGGUGGCUUUGUUGGUGGGUGUCACCAAUGAGGUCGAAAAACUUUCCAGUACAUUCACCUCCAUUCAAGCUGUGCUUGAAGAUGCUGAGUCUCGGCGUGUGAAGGACAGAGCAGUGAAGACAUGGUUAGAGAAGGUGAAAGAUGUAGCCUACGACGUGGAUGAUAUACUGGAUGAAUGGAUGACGGACGCUCUCAUAUCAAAAGCAGCCGAUGAAGGUGAUGGAUCCUGUUUCAGCAAGAAGAAUGUAAGAAGCUUCCUCUCGCCUGUUACUUGCUUCAAUCGUGUCAUGUUACGCCACAAAAUUGGGAGUAGGAUAAAGGAGGUGAGGGGUAGAUUAGAUGAUAUCGCCAAAGAGAUGAGCCAAUUUCGUUUUAUUAUGAUAAAUAGUGGAGUGAGUGAGAGGGUGUAUACUGAAGUGAGGCAGGGUGGGAUGAGAGAGCGAGAGAUAGGCUCUCUCCUCGACCCAAAGUCAAUUAUAGGUAGAGAACGUGAAAAAAAUGAAGUCAUAGACUUGCUGCUGCAGGAGGUAAAUGAGGUGCCCUUUGUCAUUUCUAUUGUUGGGAUGGGGGGCAUGGGCAAAACCACCCUUGCUCAGCUCACCUACAAUGAUGAGAAAGUCAAGGGGCAUUUCCACAAGAGAAUGUGGGUGUGUGUUUCAGACGAUUUUGAUGUGAAACGGGUUACAAAAUCAAUCAUAGAAUCUGCAGAUGGGUCUGGUUGUGAGGAUCUAGACCUGGACCUGUUGCAAAUUCGUCUCAGUGAAAAGUUGCAAGCAAAGCGAUUCUUGCUUGUGCUUGAUGACAUUUGGAGUGACGAUAGAGAGAAGUGGGACAAACUGAGACUUCCCUUUCAAGCCGGUGCAUUAGGGAGUCGAAUUGUCAUUACCACUCGCAGUGAAAAGGUUGCAGGGGCGAUGCGAAGCACUCACAUAUACAAACUGGCGGCCUUAUCCGAAGACGAUUGCUGGUUAUUGUUCAGCCGUGGAGCGUUCGAAAAUCGGAAUGCAGAAGAGCGUCCAGAGUUGGAAGAGAUUGGAAGGGAAAUUGUAAACAAUUGUGAGGGGUUGCCUCUCUCCACAAAGACAAUAGGCUGUGCCAUGUGGUGGAGAAGGACGAGAAGGGAGUGGGAGCUUGUGUUGGAAAGCAAGAUAUGGAACUCGGGUGAUAUCUUGGGAGGUAUUUUACCGGCUUUGUUACUAAGCUACCAUGAUUUACCUCCAGCUCUGAAGCAGUGCUUUGUGUAUUGCUCUAUUUUCCCAAAAGAUAGUUGGAUAGAGAAGGAUAGGAUAGUCAAGCUAUGGGUGGCACAAGGUUUCAUCUGCUCCAAGGGAAGUCAAGACAUGGAGGAAAUUGGUGGACUGUAUUUUGAAGAUUUACUAAGACGCUCGUUGCUCCAAGAUGCAAAACUCGACCGUGACAAGAACAUAGUCAGUUGCAAGAUGCAUGAUUUAGUUCAUGAUCUUGCACAUUCUGUUGCAGGAAGUGAGUGUUCAGUGGUGGAGAACAGAAAGCAAGCAUUGGAGUUGAGUGAAGCUGAUGCAAUGUUGAAACUAAACAAUGUGCGCCAUUCUACAGUAACUGUCAGUGUUGAAGCUGAUGCAGUGGCUUUCAUGUCCGACACCUUGUACAAGGCCUCUAAGUUGCGAACGUUGCUACUUCACACAAGAAUCUCCGUGGUGCCACAAAUUUUAUUUAAUCAUUGGAGAUGCCUUAGGGCAUUGGACUUGAGUAACACCAGCAUUAUGAAAUUGUCUCCAAUGGUGGGACAGUUGAAACACUUGAGAUUUCUUGAUUUGUCUCGCACAUGCAUAGAAGAGUUGCCAGAGGAGGUGACUAAUUGCAGAAAUUUACAGACCUUGAGAGUCAAUGGCUGUUAUAAUCUAAGAAAACUGCCUAGAGGUCUGAGGAAACUGAUCAGCCUGAGACAUCUAGAAUUGGAAAAUUCAUAUGAUCUGAGGUACUUACCGCAGGGUAUAGGGAGACUAACUAGCCUUCGGACAGUUUCAAAGUUCAUUGUUGGGGGUGGCAACGAAGGAUGUAAAUGUGGAGAACUGAAACACCUCAAUCAUCUUCAAGGAAGUCUUCGGAUUACCGGCUUGGACAAAAACAGGAGCAGGGACGAAGCUAGAGAGGCAGAACUGAAUAAGAAGCAGCACCUUCAUACUCUAUCCUUCAACUACAAGAUUGAAUCUCGUAAUCUGUUGGAUGAAGAGGUGAAGAGAAUGGAGAACGUGCUUGAAUUUCUCCAGCCCCACACUAACUUGAAAGAGUUGGCAAUACUGUUUUACAGAGGUUCGAAGCUUCCCAAGUGGAUAGAGGAUCCAGUGUUCUCCAAUCUAGUCAGCAUCACACUCUUGUUUUGUGAGGAGUGUAAACAAUUGCCAGGUCUUGGGAAACUGCCGUCCCUUAAAUACCUUCAAAUUGGAGGCACGAGAAAGGUGAGAAAGGUGGGUGUUGAGUUUAGUGGGGUUGAUAACAAUGACGGAAGUGGUGGUGUUGUCUCAUUCCCCAAGUUGGAGACCCUCAUCUUCUGGGACAUGAUAAAUUGGGAGGAGUGGGAAUUGAGAGGUGGAGAUGGAGAGGUUAUGCCAUCUCUUCUCCAAUUAGAAAUAUUUGAUUGCCCAAAGCUGAAGGAGUUGCCCAGCAACCUUCCACCGCUUCAAGAAUUGCAGAUCCACAGUUGUCCACUCUUAGAAGAGCGCUACGGAGGUGGUGUAGAAGAACGGGAUAAGAUUGUUCAAAUCUCCAAUAUAUCAAUUGAUUUGUAAAAGGUGCAUAGGAUUUUCUUUUGCUUUUGUUUAUAGGAAAUGUAUUGCUUCUCCCUGUAACUCCUCUUCUUUUUUAUUCAUUUUCUUUUUUGUUUGUUUUUUUAAUUUUAA